AUGGAGCAAAACGUUCGAAUGAAACCACUAUGGAUGAAACCGGGCUCGGUGGAUAUGGCGUGCGUAGUUGGUAACGUUGCCGUUGCCGUGGCACUUGGCGGUCACAUACUGUUCGUGAACUUGAAAACGUCCGAAACAAGCCACUACCUAGCUGAUGGGGCUCACGCUGGAAACGGCGUUGCCUGUCUGACCGGUCACAAGCUGUUCCCUAUACUUGCGUUUGCGGAGAGUUGCGUCAAUCCGCGUAUAAUGCUCAUAUCUUACCCAGCUAAAACCGUUCUAUCGGUGCUGGAAGGAGACCAAACUGAAUGUACCUACAUAGCGCUAUGCUUUUCGGAGAGUGAGCUUCUGGUCGCCCUGACCGGAGUACCAGAUUACUCAGUGGAGGUGUACGCAUGGAGAAGCAAGGAGCUACUGUACAAGAAGUCAUCACCCAUCAUCUGCGACAAUCAACGGCUCAUCUGCAGUCCGUCAACGGUGUUCGCCGUGUGUCAAUAUGCUCCACGAAAGCCCGAACUGAAGCUUUGGGAGGUGCAUGGGAACAUUCGAAUCAGUCGGUUUAUUGAACGAACCAUUCAACUGGAGCUGGAGAAAAGCGAGCUGCCACUGUGCGUUAGCUUUCUUAUUGACGGCAACCUGGCGGUAGUUAGCCAAAAGGCGCGAGUAUUUAUCGUAUCCUCCACAACGGGCCAGAUAAGCCAAACCAUAAGCACUAGCGAUAACGCUGUGGAUGAUCCGUUGUAUAUUCCGUUCAUAUUAUACUGCAAAGGUGGCCUGUUUGCUAGCGCCCCGGAUGGGCAGGUCAACUUUUACAAAAAGCAAAAAGGCUCCUGGAACCAGCUGUGGUCAACACAAUCCGAUGUUCCGUACAGCCAGCUCCUGCACUACUCCACCUCAGAAGGUUUAUUGGGCAUCACAACGGAUGGAAUGAUUAUGCGAACGUUGUUGGAUGCUGACGUGCGUAAUGUUGAGUUCAAAAUACUAAAAGACCUAGACAAUGGGUACAUCUUUCACAGUUUGAGCCGUCAGUACGCUGAGAAGCUGAUAGGUAUCAAGCCGAGCGGUACUGUACGGUUGUUGAGCUUGAAAACGGGAAGUGCAAGCUGCUCGAUAGAUGUUGGACCUCUGGAAUGCAUUGCAAGUCACCCAGAAGUAACGUGCCUUGCCGUAGGCAACCAACAUGGCGUACUGCAGUUGAUCGUUGCCAAUGAAGACCAGGCAAAAGUGACGGCUCGUUUACGUCUCUCGAGGAGUGCAAUUGUUACGAUUGUGUUUGCUAUUGCAGAUAGUUGCUUCUUUGCCGCCUGUGACGAAGACGGCCAUGUAGUCAUCGUUGAAGUUACAGCGGAAUUUGAGAUGAAUGUGCUGCAAGUCCUGAGCGGGGUAAAAUGUACAGCUGACUUGUUUCUUUGGUGCAGCACAGAGGAGGUUCUGAUUGUUCAGCCAAUGAAUGAAACGGGUGGUAUUAGCAUCAAUGAGGUUGAAUUUAUUGUCCGGCAACACUGUGUGCAAGAAGUCAAGAGGACGCUUUUAAAGCUACCUAACAAUUAUUGUCAAAUUGUACCCAAACGAACCGGAACCAGAAUGUGCUUUUACGCUCAUCAAACCCGAACGAACAUUAUAGACCUGCUGGAGAUUUCCCGAACAGAAGGGGUUUUGGAUGUUGUUUUAAUCAGAACGAUCACGACCCUCCAGUCGGUGUUACAUUUGACAUUGUGCGUUGACGAUCGCUACCUGUACGCCUGGUCAAUGGAUGGUAAGAUCACGCUUUUUGAUGGUGCUGAGGAAAAUUAUCUCUGCACGAUGAUCUUUGACGGGCGUUUUAAUGAAGGUAUUAAGCAGCUCUCCUUAAACAUCCACAAUAACCACCUUUCGAUACUUUGCCACAGCGGAAUGUUGAUAGUGGCGAAUCUUUUGCAACCUAUUCCUGAUGCGGUGGUAAAUGAACACAGCAGCCCCUCGCAAAUUCUCGCAUUCCCCUUGACUGGUGACGAGCAUGAGGUUGAUAGUAAUCUGCCACCAGAAGUAGAACCUCCCACCGAAGGCACUGUACCAUGGAUAGAGAAGCAAGCGAUCGAACAGCGAGCCGAAAGGGGAAAGCUCUACGAACCGGAACAUGCAGCAAUAUUUGCGGAAUUUGCAGACAUUAGGCAGCAUUUGCAGCUGCUUGUCGAUAACAACGAAACAGCCCCACAGGAAGAGCGAUUUCCAUUGCAGGUGUUCAAUCUCAAUGCGGAAGCGACCGAUAAAAUUACUCGUGAGGCCAACGUAUCAAAGGACGAUGAAAGACGGCGUCUGCAGGAAUUCAUCGAAUCGCAGAGCAAAAUAAACGACAGACUGAUUGAAAACUGCUGGAUGAUGAUGAGCAAAAAGCCGUGGAAAGUUAGGUCGAUGUUCAAGCGUUCAUUUGUAGAGAACUAUGGAAUGAUGUCGAAUAGCCCGUACAGGCAUUACAUGCUACAAAUUCGCGUCUACCGAGAAACGGAGUUAAAUGCUAGCUACGAUGCUCUAUUGCCGUGGAAACCGACACCGACAUAUCAGCUGGAAUCAAUCCUGAAUCGUGAUCCUGAAUACGGCAAUGUGCUAGACAAAUUAGCUCGGACUUCAGUCAAGAAAUCGUAUGCCCUUUCCGGAACCACUACUCAUAGGUUUUUUGAACCUUACUCCCUUCGCUACGAUCAGCUGGAGGUGGUGACGUUCGGGCAGUUGUUUUUUGAACUUGUCUGUGGGGAUCUCGAUGUUGAAAAGCUUCGGUCCUUGUUCAACGAGAAGUUUGAGCAGAUAAAGACCCUUAAAAACGAAGAGAUGGAUUUGGUUCUGAAGCGCAAUCGAAGAGCUCGUUAUGUACAGGAGGAGCUGGUGUUUCUGGCAAACCUGAUGUCAGAUCGCAGCGCAGUUGAGGUGACUCAAAUCGAGGAUCCUAAGUACGAAGCGGACGAACGACCCGAUACCAUCAUUCAUACAGAAGAUAGCGAAAUACCGGUAGCACCGUACAUCAGCCCGAGUGUCGAGCAGUUGAUGGAUCUGGAGCGAAAAGAACGCGAGCGAAGACAGCGGGAACUGCUGGCGGAUGACUUCAAGGAUCGCGCCCUCGUCGUCAUGAUGGAUGGUGUUCUUGAGCAUCGCUGGGAAGACGAAAUUAAAAAGAGCUUACCACUUCCACAGUGUUUGGAAAUCGGUAAAGAUCCACAGCAUUACAACGAGACCGACAUCCGGGAGAUGAACGAAUACGAAGAGCAAAGAAAAACGCUGCAUCAGGAGCGGCUACGUUAUCGUAAAAUGCUGCAGGAUGAGCUACAGGAGCUUGCCGCUAGUCUCGAUGAUCAGAUAAAGCGGUUCAACACCUCCGUGGCGAAGCUGACGUUGCAGAAAAUCGUUAUCGAAUCAGCCAUCCGGCAGGAGGAGAUGCGCAUCUUACGUGCUUCACUGUACAAUCACGGACGCUUGAUUUACGAAGCAAACGUGGGCCGUUUGCGGGAUCAAAUCGAACAAACGACGCUCUACAGCGAACAAUUGUUGGACAUGAUGGACGAGUUCCAAGAAAAGGCUGCCGACUACCGAAACACUUACGAAACGUUACGCGGAAAGGAUCGUUUGUUGGACAAGCAGUUCAAGAUCAACUUUUCGGAUACGGCUCAGUCGGCACUCGUCGAUCAGGCGUAUAAAAUAUUCAAACGACGACCAAAGACCCAGCUUCGCUCGAUCGUUACGGUGUCCGUGUUUCAGGACAUGGCGAAGCGCAUAGUCGCAAAAAAACCCGCUGGACCACAUGGAAACAUGCUGCUACCGAAGGAGUGCCAGGAUUAUCUGACACAUUGCGAAGCGCUGGAUCAGGCGUCCAAUUGUCCUGCGGGAAUGGACAGCAGUCUCUGGCAGACGUUGGUCAAGAUGCGCCGCAUAAAGAUCGAGAGUGAAUUUAGGCUGAAAAGUUGCGAGCUGAUGUUGUCGGAUGCUGAGGCAGCUAUCGGAGCGUUUCAACGCGAAAUUACAAACAAACGCAACAACGUGGUUUCUUUAGAGCAGAACCUGGAACAACUUCAUAACGAACAGUUUGAAUCCGCCACAAACAGAACAGUUCAGCUGGUCAUGAAGCGAGGUUGGAUCGAAAUUCAACAGUCGGGCAGGACUAGUGAUUUCGAGCGGUGUGUUCUGAUCCAUCGCACGGAUGUGGAAGACAUAAACGCGAUCAUUCGACGAGCCGGUACGAAGAAGCUGAACGCGAUGGUGAAUGCGGCCCUUUUUCGACGCAAGAUCAUCUACCAAGAAUGGGAACAUCGGGCGUUGAAGCUACAAUUGCGCGAUCUUCGAGACCAACUGGCGACGGUUGAGAAGUGCAAAAUCACCAAAGAGGUGCAGAGCUGGCUGAAGAUGAAGGGAAUGAAGCGAACAGAGGACUUUAGCCAGGUGGCACUGGAGAAGAAGCUACGGAACGCGAUCCAGAAUGAGGAAGACGCGUUGCAGGAAUUGAAAAAUACCCUAGAAGAGAUCGAACAACGCAUCAUGGCGAAACGCCGAGAAAAUAAACAUCUGGACCAGCAAACGCGCACCCUGAACAUUGACGUUACGGAGCAACAUCUGCUGCGAGAUACCGAGCUGGAACAAACGGAACAGAAGGCGAUCCAGGACCGGAUGACUGCAAUUGUCGAACGGGCCCGGUUGGUCCGUUUGGUACAGGCUCAGCACACGCAGAUACUUGAACUUGGCACGAUGCUGGAAUUGCAGCGUCUCAAGACGUAUCCCACGCUGACGGCUUCUACGAGUGUCAUGACGCACAAUGCCCACCAUUUGUUGGGUAAUUGA